CGCGUGCAUGCAAUACUCGGGAUAUACGGCUAGAAAAAUGAUAAUAUUUCAUGUGUUCAUCUCGUCUGAUAUGCGAGGUGGCUGCUGAUAAAUAGGUGUGCAGCAGAAGCGACGGUACGAGACGGCCUCUGCCGAGAGUGGUAUCGGCAAGACAACGGCGCGCUCGAUGUUGUCCGGGUAGCACUCCAGGGGAGCAGAUGGCCUUUGCACCCUCAGGUCCAGAUGACCUGUACCGAACUGGGCGCUCUGCCUGCGGGUCCGAUGGUCGGGUAAAGCGCCCGAAACUCAUUUGCCCAGGUGCUGUCACCCCACAGGAUCCUCCUGCGUCGCUUCAGAGGUGGAUGGCGGAGCAGGGGCCGUUUGAUGAGUGAGGCCCAAGACCAUCUUCGAUAGUGGUCUCCAGGCUGGCGAUGGCGCUGGAGCUCACAAAAAGGCCGCAUCGCGAACCGUCGGCUGACGAGGGGCCUUGUCAGCGCACGUGUGCUCGACGGGUGUGUGUGUGGGCGCUUCUGUCGGUGUGCGUCGCCCCCCUUCUCUCGCUUGUCGGCAGGGUUAAUUAUGUCUUGGGGCGGCUCCGCGGUGAGCCGUUUCUCCUCGGUCGCCUUUGCCUACUCUGCCGUACAAGAUCCAGAGGGUAUCCCGAGUUGAGGCAUUGAUCUGCAUUCACAACGCUCAACGGAAAGGAACUGUAUGAUGAACCACGAAGGACCCCUCCCAUCCAUCAGCCGACCCAGGAAUCCUUCAGCUCCCAUCCCAGCAGCAGCGUGCCCUUCUCCAAUCGCCUGCCGCCCACAAUGCUUCUCGCCCCGCUCACCUACAAACCCAAAAGUCCGCCGCGUCGAUCAAGACAGGAGCCUGCCCCAGCUCCCGAGCUUCGUUCCCCGACAAAGGAAGCCAGACCAGCUGCAGCAACGCAGUCGCAACGAAAGGUCCCAGCCGACCUCGGAACCGACCUCGGAGCUUUGGCGCCGCUGACCUACAAGCCCGAACCCGUUGCUCGCCGUUCAGCACGGGAACCCGACGCCACCCCCGCGGCUCGCCCGCCGACGAAAGAGACCGAGAAGGCUCCCACACCCGAACCACAGCCGCGAGUCACGGCCGAUGUUGGGAUUCUCUCGCCCUUGACCUACAAGCCUGCCCCCACUGGACGCAGCUUGAAACAGGAGCCCGUCACCGCACCAAAGACCCGCUCUGUACGACCGGAAACUAGCACAAGAUCCGCGACGGAGACGGAACCUAAACGGCCAGAAACUAGAUCGAGGGCAGAGGCUAGGUCUGCACUACCGGAAACUAGGACCUCGACAGAGCCCCAGCCCAAACAACCGGAAACUCGGCCCGCCACAGAGGCCAAACCCAAACGACAGGAAGCUGAGCCGGAGCUUUAUUCCCUGGCCCCGCUUACGUACAAAGCCGAGGCUUCUGCGCGUCCGACGCGAAAGGAGCCGGCAACCGCCCCGGAAGCUCGACCCCCGCAAAAAGAAUCCAGGGCCGCUUCCGAGACCGGGACCCAGCGGAAGGAAGCUGAGCCAGAGCUUUAUUCCCUGGCCCCGCUCACAUACCAACCUCAGGCCCCCGUGCGUCCGUCAAGAAAGGAGCCGGCAGCCGCCCCCGAGGCUCGGCCCCCGCACAAGGGAUCCAGGGCCACUGCGGAGACCAGUGCCCGGCGGAAGGAAGUCGAUGCGGAUAUCCAGCCUCUUGCACCCCUCACAUACCAACCCGAUGCUAGAUCCCUGCAAAAGGAAUCCAAGGCCGCUGCCGAGACCAGGACCCAGCAGAAGGAAGCUAAUGCAGACAUCCAGCCUCUUGCACCCCUCACAUACCAACCCCCGACUCUCUCACCUGUUACAUACAAGCCUCCGUCUCCUCCCCGCCGUCUGAGAAAGGAACAGAGGACCAUCCCCGAGUCUCGCCCGCCACGACCCGAGGUCAAGGCGGAGACGGAGACAAAACCCCGGCCACUGUUUACCAGGUCGGCUACGGAAUCCCAAUCACCGCGAAAACAAUCCGCGGUUGCCGCAGAGCCUCCUUCUCCGAGGCGGCAGCCUUGGUCUGCCAUUGAGCCUCGUUUCCCGCGACAGCAUAUUGCUACCCCAACAGAUGCUCGCUUCCCACGACAGCAUAUUGCCACCCCGACAGAUGGCUAUUUCCCGCGGCAGCACAUCGCUACCCCGAUCGAGUCUAGGUUUUCACGAAGGGAAAUCAGCACGGCCGCUGCUGCUCAGUCGCACCGGCAGGAUGCUAGGACAUCUGCAUUCCCCGCCCCUCCCCGACAGGAUGUCAGGAUGUCAGCACUUCCGGCGCCCCCGAGGCAGGACGAAUCCUCCGCCCCGGAAACCCGGAAGCGCAAUGCGAGCUUGCUGCGGCUCGACAUUCCGCGCGGUCCUCUUCCCGUCUCUCGCUUCAGCCCCACAACACGAUCCGCCUCGCCCUCCACGGCCUGCUCGAGCGCCGCGACAACACCAAUGUCAGCCCUGCCGCCGAGCCGCUACAACGAUGCGCUGUCCAAGACAUCUCGCCGCCAGGCGUCCCCGGACUCUGCCAUCAGCCUGGGAUCGGCCGCCGGACGGACAGAACCCCCACAACAUCAAUACUACGAACGGAGCCCCAUGCUCAAGAGCGCUUCCUGCCACACGCUGAGGAGCAACUUCAAGGAUCUCGAGCGCGGGCGCACGUGGGGUAUGGGGGAUAGCCCGAUGGAAAUGAGCCAACCUGCGAUCCACGUAACGGACACGGCGCCGAGGACUGCAUCAUCCUACGGCCAUGACAGGACAGGAACAGCCGAUUACGCUCCCGAGGGGCGGCGGGUCGUGUCAGGGGACGCAAAGGUCGUGCGGCCGCCGUCGUGGUUCCCCGCCCUGAAGAAGGCCGUGUCGAUGGAAGGGCCGAGGCUGUGCAUCGAUGGCCGCUUCAUGCAGUGCGACAUCAUCGAGGAGGGCGGCGGCCACAAGGACACCGACGGCCACAGCGUCCGGGCCACCAGGAGCAGCAACAACCUGGGCCAGGCGGCGCGGACCGCCAGCCACAGGCCACGGACGUCGGACGGGCGGCCCGCCGUCGUCGUCGCGGCCGAGAGGAAGGACGACAGCAUUGAUCGCGUCGCGGCGCGGGCUCGGGGAAGCGGCGGCGAGCCCAGGCGAAGCCACAGCCCAGCCAGCCGUGGUGUCGAUUAUUCAGCCCGCCGUCGGAGGCGGGUGGAUCCGGAACAGAGAGACGAGCGAGGGAUGAGCUGGCUGGACCUGUGAGGAGAUGCGAGGUGGUUGGCGGGAGGAUAGGGAGUUCUGCAAAGAUGGUAGCAACUAGGGGUUAGUCAGCCCUACACCUGUAAUAAGCUCUCAUUUGUAGCCUUGAAGGCGCCCACAUACUUAUCCUAGUGCCCUGGUGUCGAGGGUCCCUUUGUCCACAAUACAACCGGCCAAUGAUAACAUCACCUGCCGUGAUGCCAUGGCCAUCAGUACGCGUCUGUCAACGCCUGCGUCUUUGCAUGUAU